UACAAUCCUGUUUAAACUGUGAGUCAGACACACACACUAUCUGAAGCAAAUAUGAAAGAACGCAACAACUGACAUUUCGGAAUGCAUUGUUAAUCUCAGUUCUUAAAAUACACUGGGUGUUGUUCGGAUUUGCGCAGGAAGCGUGUUUUGCAUAUUGUUUGGGACUUUGUAUUGCGAGCCCACCUUUUCCCAGAGGACCUGUGGUUAUACAGCAGCUGGUUGGGUAUCAGAAGUUAAUCAGUUCGAUUUUGUGUAUGGCUAUAUUUGGAUAUUUUUUGUUUUGUUAAAAAUAGAUUCAUAAACUCACACGUGUAGUACAUCGUUUCAACAAGGAGGAAAAUACUGGAAGAGUGUUUGAAUCUCGCCAAACCCGACCAGAGAUCUAUCAUACCGUACACCUACCUGGCUGGGUAGUUCAGUUGUGGAUGUCGAAGCGAUUGUAGUAGGAGAACCGCUAAAGGGAAGGCUCCACCUCCUCCAUCCACAGUAAAGUGCUUUGAUGGUUCUUCAGUUUCUCAGAGUGUGGAAUCUCCAAACAUAGUCAUGGAUCAGAAGGAGAACUUCAUUGAUCAAGACAUCACUCUCACAGUGGUGCUUCCAGGAGGUGUGGAGAAGUCUGCUACUGUACAUGGAAGUAAGCCUAUGAUGGACUUGUUGGUUGUACUGUGUGGGAAGUAUCGUUUAAACCCAUCUAGCCAUACCAUAGAACUCCUCUCAACUAACGGAAACCAAAUCAAGUUUAAACCAAAUGCAUUGAUAGGAGAACUGGAAGCAGAAAAAGUGAUAUUGAAGCCAAAAGGCAUGAACGAGAAGAAGAAGAAGUCUGCCCCUGUAUUGCCUGAGGCAACGGUCCGGCUGGUAAUAAACUAUAAAAAGACUCAAAAAACCAUUUUAAGAGUUAGUCCACAAGUACCUCUUCAGCAACUGAUCCCUGCAGUUAGUGAAAAAUGUGAAUUUGAUCCAAAGCGCAUUGUAUUGCUUAAAGAGGGACAGUCCCGGGAGCCUCUGGACUUGACAAAAUCCCUCAAUGAUCUGGGUUUAAGGGAAGUGUAUGCACUGGACACUGGAGGCAUUUCUUCUUCAGAUUUGCACAGCUGUUCUGUCCAUCAAGUUAACAUGACCCAAACAAGCAGUGAGAUUCUUAAGGAGCAAGAACACAAAGGAUUUUUCAAUAUAUUUAGAAGAAGCAAGAAAAAAAAUGAACAGGCUGUGAGUGCUCCAGCGUCGCCGACUUUGAUUCAGAGACCAGGUAUGCGGACAUCACAAAGUGUCCGUGCUCAUACAUACAGCUCCAGCACACUGCCUUCAGACAUGCCGAAGAAGAGGCGAGCACCCCUGCCUCCAAUGAUUGUUUCGCAGAGCAUGCCCCAGGACCUGAGCAACGUGCAGACGAACACACAGCCUGCAUCUCGGCCAGAAAGGGAGAAGGAUUUUACUGGAAUAAGCAGACAAGCAUCCUCUGAAUCCUCACUGAGGAGUACCAAACGGAAAGCACCCCCUCCUCCAGCGCCACCCUGCAAAAUGGCACAAGAACAGCCCCUGCAGGAGACUCAUAAUAAAGCUGGAGUUUUCUCACAACACUGCCUUGAGGAAAUAAAUGAAAAGGAUGAAGCAACUGUAUCAAACAUGGAGGAUUCAGGAACCACUAUGCAUGCACAACAGGGAGUGCAUAGCCCCUAUAAGUCUUCUGAUUUACCAUCAGACACUUGGGAAAUUGAACCUACGUCAGUACCUGAUAGUGCAGACAGGCAGAGCUCCCUGACUAUAUCUGAAAGCUGUGAGAGAGAGAAGCGGAAUGACAUGACCACAGAUGGCAAACAAGCCAGUGUCAUUGUAAACAGUCAAGCGCGUGACCACAGUGUUGAGGAAAUUAAUGGACAUUCUGUAACUUCUGGCUUGCAAAACAAUGAAGUGGGAUCUGUGACAUGCAAGAGUGAGGAGACAUGCACUGCGACUGCAAGUGAGGAACCAGUAAAAGAGCAACAGGUUACAGCAAGUUGCAUAGCCGUACCAGCCUAUGAAAGCAGUAAAGAAUGUGACACUGAAAAAACAAACAACUUUGAAAAGAUUCAGGACCCUAAAAUGAAUUCUGCUGUUACAAAAUCUGUGAAAAUGAUAGACACAGCCAUUCAGGCAUCGGCUGAAAUGGACAUUAAAGACCCAGCACACAAGGAGACCAACGAAGAGGUGCAGGGCCAAAGUGUCAUUAAAACACACUUUAUAACUUCAGAAGAACAAGUACAUGCAUCUACUGGAACUGAUAUCAAUUUGACAACACAAGAGGGAUGGACACAGGAUAUGUCAACUAAGAAAUUAAAUCCAACAGAGAAUAAAUGUAAUUCACCUCAAACCUAUGAAGAGACUGCUGACUGCCAAACAAAAAGCCCUGUGGUCUACAAGAGAGACACUGAGCCUAAACCAAAGCCUUCUAAUGAGGCGACAAGGGACUACAUACCAAAGAUUGGAAUGACUACAUACAAAAUCGUGCCUCAAAAGUCCUUGGAGAAGCUAAAGUUCUAUGAGGUUGAAGUGACACUGGAGGUCCAAGACAAGACUCGGAAUCUAGAAACAUUAACUCCGUUAACCGACUCCAAGGCUGAGAUACCACAGUACUCAAAUGUACAGAGUGCCUCUGAUUCAGAUGAGACUUGGAGUCAUAAUACUGGUGGGACUGUUCAACCUAAUGAGAUGGCUGCCAAAAAUGACUAUGUUGUAAAUAAUAAUGAAGCUGCAAUAUCGGUUCACAACACAGCCCAAGUAAACGUGAAAGAAGCUGCAGGAACUUCAAAUGAUGGCCAACCUUUAUCUCCACCUGAGACGCAUUACCAGCCACCACCUCUGUCAGGAGUGAAAGAAAAGAAAACUCCACCUGCUACUAGACCAAAACCUGGGUCUUUCCGCUUGCCACAGCAAAAAAGAACACCUGGGUAUUAUGUAACUUCAGCAGCUAGUAAACAUGGAAUAGGGUGUACCAGCCCUGGUCCUAAUGAGACACCCCAGAGCCCUGCAAAUGAGAAGGACACCACGCCUGACAAGACUAUUGAAACUGUAGAGGAAACAAGUUUUCCUCCCCCACCACCAAUUGAUUUCUCUGAAAUAUCAGUAGAAAAAGUUAAAGAAGAAGGAGGAGCUGCUGUGGUUUCAAGGCCGCUAAGUUAUCCUAAUAAAGGGUCGGCAGGAUUGAGUUUCCUUAAAUAUAGAAGUUUUGCUGCUCCUAAACCGUAUCCCUCUACCUCCCCAUCUCCCUUUGCUCUUGCUGUGUCUUCAGCGGUCAAGCGCUCUCAGUUUAGUAGAGGAUCGUCUUUAAAGGCUCACACUUCUCAAGAAUUGCCAAGUGCAUCAUUUCUUCAAAGUUCUACAACAAAAGAGAUGAAAGAAUCCUCCAAAGUCUUAAAAGAAUCAUCUAUUGCUAUUUGCAGUUCUGUACAGGGAAAUGACUGUCAGGAAAGACAGGAAGAAAAUCAGGUGAAGCUGCAGGUCCAAGCCCAGUCGUGUACUUCACUGGGUAAUGGGAUUCCCGCCCCGGUAUGUAACAUUAGUGACCCUGAGGAGAUCCACAACACUCUCCUAGGUGCUGUUCUGUCUGGAGACGGGGCUGCCAAAUUGAAAAAAGUUCCUGCUGCAUUGAAUACUAUAUCUGUUAAUGGAGGAUCCAUACCAACUCAGCCUUGUUCUUUACUGACAGAGUAGCAACUUAAACUGCAUUUGAUGGCUUACAUUUAACCACCUGCAUUAUAAACGCCAAAUCAAUAGGUACAAAACAUGAAAGGUAGAGUGACUCAAGAUUGCAGUGGAGUUGAAAUACCGUACUUUUGAAAUUGAUUUUUAUUUUGCUGAAGAAAUAAUUUUGAAAUAAUUGUUCAUAUUCUUGUUACUAAAUAAGAGUAUUCUAAUAUUUUUGCAAAAAAAAUUUGCAUAUUCUUGAAGAUAUUAUAUGUAUAUAUAAAUUGGAAGAAUAUUCUAUAUUUUGCUUCAGUGGGUUUGCUGGUCAUAUAAUUAAAAAAUAUACUUCUAUCACUUGUUGCCUUGAAGUAUUUGACAUACUUAUUAUUAUUAUUAUUAUUAUUAUUAUUAUUAUUAUUAUUAUUUGGUUGCAUUGAUCUGUAAAUGUUUUGAUUUUGAAAGUGAAUUGUAUUUUUACAGUAUCAUAUUUUCAGGUUCUAGGCCCAGGAAUAGCAGUAAUCAGAAACAAAUUGCUUUAUUUAUUUCCUUGCCUUUGUCUUGAACCAUCACAUAAUUGUAUUUCUUUAAAAAUUAUAAUAAAGUAAAGUCUAGUUAUGGUGGUCAAA